AUGUCAAUUGAUAAAAUUGAGCUGCGAGUUUUGAUUCGUUACUGCUGGAAACGAGGUCUUUCAACCAGAAAAGCUGCAGAAGAGAUUUGUGCUGUCGAAGGUGAAAGAACAAUUGCAUAUGCGGUUUUAUUUCUUUUUACCCGAGCAAGGCAAAACCUCCAGUCUGUGGUCAUGUCACCGACUCAACAACGUUUAUUUAUCUUUACGAUUCUCCAGUGUCCAUUUACACUGGCGUACGGGCGCCGGUCAGGGCCCGGUUGCAUAGCCUCUUUUGCUUAUAGUGUUUAUUUUAUUGUCUAUUUCUUAACGGGCUGUUGUUCCUUCUCCUGGCAAAGGGUUAAUUGUUCCUUUCCUCAUUGCAACUUCUUUUCUUCCCAUUUUAUGUCCUUUCUUUCUUUCUUACUUCUUAGUUGUUUCUUUCUUCCAUCCUUUCUUUCCUUUAGUUCUUUCUUUCUUUCUUUCUUUCUUUCUUUCUUUCUUUAUUUAUUUCUCCUUAGUUCUUUCUUUCUUAUUUCCUUUCUUUCCUUUAGUUCUUUCUUUCUUAAUUUUACUUUAGUUAUUUCUUACUUUCUUUCUUUUUCUUUGGUUCUUACUUUCUUUCUUUCUUUUUCUUUCGUCCUUAUUUCUUGGCACUUUCUUUCUUUUAUUCUUUAG